AUGGGUUGUACAAAUACAAAGAGUAGAAAGUAGUCAAGCACUAUUUUAUCAUUUAUUAAAAAGCCUAAAAACUCAAAAUAUUUGGCAUUCAGAAACUAAUAUAAAGAUGGAAUACCUCAAUUGUAAAAUGUAAAAUUUUUAGUAAUUAUAGAUUUCCGUUAGUACUAUACUUUAAAGAAGAAUUAAAUAUGCUACUAAAACAAUAUGA